CCCUCCCCUCACCAGAGUGGUGAGGCUGCCUGGCGUCACUUCCGUCCAGGCCGGAACCCAAGAUGGCUGCGCUCUUGUUGAGACAUGUUGGCCGUCAUUGCCUCCGUGCCCAUCUUGGUCCUCAGCUCUGUAUCAGAAAUGCUGUUCCUUUGGGAACCACAGCCAAAGAAGAGAUGGAGAGAUUCUGGAAUAAGAACCUUGGUUCAAACCGUCCUUUGUCUCCCCAUAUCACUAUCUACCGCUGGUCUCUUCCUAUGGCGAUGUCCAUUUGCCACCGUGGCACUGGUAUUGCUUUGAGUGCAGGGGUCUCUCUUUUUGGCUUGUCUGCCCUCUUGCUCCCUGGGAACUUUGAAUCUCAUUUGGAACUUGUGAAGUCCCUGUGUUUAGGGCCAACACUGAUCUACACAGCCAAAUUUGGGAUUGUCUUCCCUCUCAUGUAUCACACCUGGAAUGGGAUCCGACACUUGAUUUGGGACCUAGGAAAAGGCCUGACGAUUCCCCAGCUAACCCAGUCUGGAGUGGUUGUCUUGAUUCUUACUGUGUUGUCCUCUGUAGGGCUGGCAGCCAUGUGAAGAGCUGUUCCCAACAUCAUCGUCCUGCAAAUUACUACAUUGAUUUAUCUUCCUAUUUGUUGCUGUUAUCUUCAGCCAGGGCAAAGUUCUGACCCUUUUGUGCUUGCAGACCCUGUUGGAGCUCAGCAGUAGAGUAUGUUAUAGAACCAUAGUAGUGGAAAAGUGUCCACUUUUCCCCUUAUUUUUAAAGAUAGAAUGACUGCAAAAACUCCCUUUUCCUGCCCCCAGCUUGCAGCCUACUCUAGGCCUGGGAGCCCUCAUUCUCUCUCCAUAUUGGGCCUUGAUUUAUGCUGAGGGUCAGCUUUUGGCUCCUUUUUCCUGAGACAGUAGAAACAAUGCCAGCUCUGUGGCCCCUGCCAUGGGGACUGGGAGUGGGGGCUUUGGGUGCCACUGCCUGUGGGUUGCUGGCUUAAAGGACAAUUCUGUUCAUUGGUCAGAGCCCAGGGUCUUUAGCACCCACACAGUGUGACUGAAAGGAGAGGGGUGGGGUGGAGGGGAAUUAGCUUGUUCUGGCUGGAGUGAGAUAAAGAGGGUAAGCUGGCUCAUGGAGCAGGUGCUUUGGGGAGAAGAUGUAUAUAGCUUUUGAUGCAAGAGGAAGAUCUGGAAAAUGGUGGUUGAACCUAUUAAGGGUUAUUUCUCUUCUUUACAUUUCCAGAAAAACCAAGCCUCAUAUGUUUUCUAAUCCAAAUUCAUGUGACAGCUUUUUAUGACAGUGAAUUAAAAUGAUCAUUUUGUCUUUGA